CAAUCAGCCGCUUCCUCUCCACACACACACACACACACAAAAUACAGAGAAACAGCACAGAGCUGAUGUAGACACAUUGCUUAUAUAAUACAAGGCUGUCUAAAUCUGUUUCAUCUAGUUUGCAUCCAUAAAUACUUGGCAAUGAAAUUCCUAGUGACCAGUAUUGUAGUCCUUGUUGCUGCCAUCAUCCUCUCCAGCCCCACGUCUUAUAUCAGAUGUCAUCCAAGUGAUAGAUGGAAAAACAAGGAUGAAGCCAGAAAGUUAUUCAUAUUAGCUGACAACAACACAGACCAACAACUCACCUACACAGAACUGGAAUCGGCCUUCAUGUCUUUUGAUUCAGACAAAGACCAGGCAAUUAGUACUGAAGAAUUCCUGACCAAAUUUAACAAGGACAAAUAUGGUUCCGUUAAAGAUGCACUGAUUUUGUUUUACAACAUCGAUAUCAAUUCUGAUAGAUCAAUCACCUUGGAUCCCGAUUUAAAGGCAUCAGAAAAGUUUUUUGAUAAAGAUGGAGAUGGUUAUGUGAAUCAGGACGAAUUCUUUGAUCAAUACAUGAAACUGUCUUUAGAGUAUGAUGAUACCUUGGUAACCAAUUCAACGACUAUAAUUAUUGAGGAAUAAUCUAUAUGUAGUUGAAAUACAGCUGGAAGAGUCCAUUACUAAACAUUGUGUCUCCCAUAAAUAAAUAAAUGCUCAAUCUACUCUUUUA